CGGGCUGAUUCUUCCCUCCCACCAUCCCUCCACGCUGCCGCCCGAACAGUCGUCGUCGUCUACAUUUUUCUUUUGCUUUGCUUGUCGUUGAACAUCUCGCUCCUUUAGUCUUCGACCCGCACAUUCGCUAUUCCUUGAUCUUUCGUCCUAUCCAUAUCUCAUGGCUGCCCGUCCCGGUUACGGCCAGCCAGACCCUAGAAAUCCAUUCGCCAAUCCCCCUCAACAGCAAUACGCACCAAGGCGCGAAUACGAUGCUGAGUCGGACAUGAGCGACCAGUAUGGCCGCAGCGAGAGCACCACCCACCUUGCUGCGAACUACGAUCAGAACAGCCCGUAUGACAGUUACUCUGGUCGCCCCGACUCUGAUGGCUUCAAUCGCCGUUACUCACCCUCACCCUCUGUCCUCUCUGGCCAGAGUCAUGGCCCUGGGCCUGUGGGCUCCAGUGACCCAUAUCCCGCUUGGUCCGCAGACAAACAAAUCCCCAUCUCCUACGAAGAGAUUGAGGAUAUCUUCUUGGAUCUCACCCAGAAAUUCGGCUUCCAGAGAGACUCCAUGCGCAACCAGUUUGACUUCCUGAUGCAUCUCCUCGACUCUCGAGCAUCUCGUAUGUCUCCGAAUCAAGCCCUUCUUACCCUACACGCCGAUUAUAUUGGCGGACAACACGCCAACUAUCGCAAAUGGUAUUUCGCGGCUCAACUCAACCUGGACGACGCCGUAGGCCAGUCUCAGAACCCGGGUUUGCAGAGAUUGAAGAGCGUUCGUGGUACCGGAGGUAAAGCGUCGGGCGCCAAGUCACUGGACAAUGCGCUCAACCGUUGGAGGAACGCCAUGAACAACAUGAGCCAGUACGACCGUCUCCGACAGCUCGCGCUGUACCUCCUCUGUUGGGGCGAGGGUGGAAACGUUCGCUUCGUUCCCGAGUGCCUUUGUUUCAUCUUCAAAUGCGCCGACGACUAUUACCGCAGCCCGGAGUGCCAGAAUCGUGUGGACCCCGUUCCCGAAGGUGUUUACCUCGAAACCGUCAUCAAACCCUUGUAUCGCUUCAUGCGUGACCAGGCUUACGAGGUCGUGGACGGCAAAUUUGUGAAGAAGGAGAAGGACCAUCACCAAAUCAUCGGCUACGACGAUAUCAACCAACUUUUCUGGUACCCAGAAGGGCUCGCCAGGAUUGUACUCAGCGACAACACCCGUCUAGUCGAUGUGCCUCCGGCCCAACGCUUCACGAAAUUCAGCCGUAUCGAGUGGAACCGUGUCUUCUUCAAGACCUACCUCGAAAAGCGCUCCGCCGCUCACCUUUUGGUGAACUUCAACAGGAUCUGGAUCUUACACAUCUCAGUGUACUUUUUCUAUGCAGCCUACAACUCUCCCAAGGUCUAUGCCCCUCACGGCCUAUCUGAUCCAUCUGCACCCAUGACAUGGUCCGCGACUGCCCUCGGUGGCGCUGUUUCCACUGGCAUCAUGCUUGCCGCCACCUUGGCCGAAUUCUUCCAUAUCCCUACGACUUGGAACAAUGCCUCCCAUCUUACGACUCGCUUCAUCUUCCUCCUGGUGAUCCUCGCACUCACGGCUGGCCCGACGGUGUACAUCGCCAAAGUCGACGGGCUUACAACGAACACACAGAUACCCCUCAUCCUCGGCAUUGUUCAGUUCUUCAUCUCCGUCGUCGUCACAAUCAUCUUUGCGAUAGUGCCUUCUGGAAGGAUGUUCGGGGACCGUGUCGCGGGCAAGUCGCGAAAGUACAUGGCAUCACAAACGUUCACGGCCUCGUACCCAGAUCUACCUCGAAGUGCCCGUUUGGCGUCGAUCACUCUCUGGCUCCUCGUAUUCAGUUGCAAGUUCGUCGAGUCUUACUUCUUCCUGAUUUCGUCGGUCAGUAGUCCCAUCGCGGUGAUGGCGCGCACCAAGGUUCAAGGCUGUAACGACAAGCUCUUCGGCUCCGCCCUAUGCACGAACCAAGUCCCCUUUACGCUCACCAUCAUGUAUGUCAUGGACAUGAUUCUGUUCUUCCUUGACACGUACUUGUGGUACAUCAUUUGGUUGGUCGCCUUCUCCAUCGGGAGGUCUUUCUCUCUCGGCCUCUCGAUCUGGACCCCCUGGAAGGACGUCUAUACCCGCCUGCCCAAGCGUAUCUACGCCAAGCUGCUCGCGACCGCGGAGAUGGAAGUCAAGUACAAGCCGAAGGUUCUCGUCUCGCAGGUUUGGAAUGCCAUCAUCAUUUCCAUGUACCGCGAGCAUCUCUUGUCCAUCAACAACGUCCAGCGCCUCCUUUACCACCAGACCGAUGGACCCGACGGACGCCGUACUCUGCGCGCACCGCCUUUCUUCACGAACAACGAGGGCAAUGGUUUCAAGGGCAACUUCUUCCCAGCAGGAGGCGAAGCCGAGCGUCGUAUCUCAUUCUUCGCAUCUUCAUUGACGACCGCCCUUCCCGAACCGCUUCCCGUCGAUGCUAUGCCCACGUAUACCGUCCUCGUUCCUCACUACUCCGAGAAGAUCCUUCUCAGUUUACGUGAGAUUAUCAGGGAAGAAGACCACAACACUCGCGUCACGCAGUUGGAAUACCUGAAGCAGCUGCAUCCUGUCGAAUGGGACAACUUCGUCAAGGACACGAAGAUCUUGGCCGAGGAGUCUCCCGACGUGGACGAGAAGCGUCAGAGCAAGGCCGACGACCUUCCGUUCUACUGUAUCGGGUUUAAGACGGCCUCCCCGGAAUACACCUUGCGUACACGUAUUUGGGCCUCCCUUCGCGCGCAGACUUUGUACAGGACCGUCUCCGGAAUGAUGAACUACUCGAAGGCCAUCAAGCUCAUGUACCGUGUGGAGAACCCGGACGUCGUACAGAUGUUUGGCGGGAACGCGGACCGGCUCGAACGUGAACUCGAACGCAUGUCGAAGCGAAAGUUCAAGUUCGUCAUCUCCAUGCAGCGCUAUUCCAAGUUCAGUAAGGAAGAACGAGAGAAUGCCGAGUUCUUGCUUCGUGCCUACCCGGACCUCCAGAUCGCGUACCUCGACGAAGAGCCCGGACAGAAGGGUGCCGACCCCAGGAUCUACUCCGCGCUCAUCGACGGCCACUCUGAAUUUGACGAAGAGACCGGGAAGCGCAAGCCUAAAUUCCGUAUCGAACUUCCCGGCAACCCUAUCCUCGGAGACGGCAAGUCGGACAACCAGAACCACGCGAUCAUCUUCUACCGCGGCGAGUACCUCCAGCUCAUCGACGCUAACCAGGACAAUUACCUCGAAGAGUGCCUGAAAAUCAGGAACAUCCUUGGCGAGUUCGAAGAGUACUCUAUCUCGAGCCAGAGCCCCUACGCUCAAUGGGGCCACAAGGAGUUCAAGAAAUCGCCCGUCGCUAUCGUCGGUACACGCGAGUACAUUUUCUCGGAGAACAUCGGUGUUCUGGGUGACAUCGCAGCCGGCAAGGAACAGACGUUCGGUACCCUCACAGCCCGUGCUCUCGCUUGGAUCGGAGGCAAGCUCCAUUACGGACAUCCCGAUUUCCUCAAUGCUACGUUCAUGACCACUCGCGGCGGUGUCUCCAAGGCGCAGAAGGGUCUUCACCUGAACGAGGAUAUCUUCGCCGGUAUGAACGCCUUCGGUCGUGGCGGUCGCAUCAAGCAUUCGGAGUACUACCAGUGUGGUAAAGGUCGUGAUCUCGGUUUUGGCACCAUCUUGAACUUCCAGACCAAGAUUGGUACCGGUAUGGGCGAGCAGCUGUUGAGCAGAGAGUACUACUACCUCGGGACGCAGUUACCUAUCGACCGCUUCCUGACAUUCUACUACGGCCAUCCUGGAUUCCACAUCAACAACAUCCUCGUCAUUUACUCCAUUCAGGUCUUCAUGAUUACCCUGCUCUAUAUCGGCACAUUGAACAAGCAACUGUCCAUUUGCAAGGUCGAUUCUCAGGGCAACGUAACGGCCGGGCAGCCAGGAUGUUAUAACUUGAUCCCAGUGUUCGACUGGGUUAAGCGGUGCAUCAUCUCUAUCUUCUUGGUCUUCAUCAUCGCCUUCUUGCCGUUGUUCUUGCAAGAACUGGUCGAACGUGGUACGGGCAAGGCGCUCAUUCGACUGGGGAAACAUUUCUUGUCGCUCUCGCCGAUCUUCGAAGUCUUCUCCACCCAGAUCUACUCGCAGGCCGUUCUGAACAAUUUGAGUUACGGUGGUGCUCGCUACAUCGCCACCGGCCGUGGUUUCGCGACGACGCGUAUAUCCUUCACGAUCCUGUACUCCCGGUUCGCUGGGCCGAGUAUCUACAUGGGCAUGCGUAACCUGCUCCUCUUGCUUUACGCCUCCGUCGCCAUCUGGACCCCUUACCUGAUCUACUUCUGGCUUUCCGUCCUCUCGCUUUGCAUCGCCCCGUUCGUGUUCAAUCCUCAUCAGUUCUCGCUCGCCGACUUCAUCAUCGACUACCGGGAGUUCUUGCGUUGGAUGUCCCGUGGAAAUUCGCGUACGAAGGCUAGCAGUUGGUACGGGUACUGUCGUCUCUCUCGUACCAUGAUCACUGGAUACAAGAAGAAGAAGCUCGGCCAUCCGUCAGAGAAGUUAUCCGGCGACGUUCCUCGUGCAUCAUGGCGUUCCGUCCUCUUCGCUGAAAUCGUCUGGCCGCUCAUCAUCGCCACCAUCUUCACCAUUGCCUACAUGUUCGUGAAGUCCUUCCCCGACUCGAACGGUAACCAGCCCCCCAGCCCGCUGAUCCGCAUUGCCAUCAUCGCCGUCGGCCCCGUCGUCUGGAACGCUACGAUGUUGUUGGCCCUCUUCUUCGUGUCCUUGUUCUUGGGACCGAUGAUGGGGUCUUGGGCCAAGUUCGGAUCCGUCGUCGCUGCUACCGCUCACUUCCUCGCGCUCCUCGGCAUGAUCGCCUUCUUUGAAUUCUUCUGGUUCCUCGAGUUGUGGGACGCUUCGCACGCAAUUCUUGGUGUCAUUACCAUCGUAGCCAUCCAACGCGCGAUCCAGAAGUUCUUGAUUGCGGUCUUCCUGUCUCGAGAGUUCAAGCACGACGAGACAAAUCGCGCGUGGUGGACUGGUAAAUGGUACGGUCGGGGUCUUGGCUCAGCCGCGAUGUCACAACCCGCCCGAGAGUUCAUCGUCAAAAUUGUGGAGAUGUCACUGUGGACUUCGGACUUCUUGCUGGGCCACAUCCUCCUGAUCAUCAUGACGCCUCCUCUCUUGCUCCCUUACGUCGAUCGUCUGCAUUCUACGAUGCUCUUCUGGCUUCGCCCGUCAAAACAGAUUCGUCCCCCUCUCUUCUCGACGAAGCAGAAGAGGCAGCGUCGUUGGAUCGUCUUCAAAUACGCCAUCCUCUACUUGAUCGUGGUAGCUUUCCUGGCUGCAUUGAUUGUCCUACCCGCUAUCUUCCGUAACGAGAUUACGUUCAACUGCACGCUCUGUUCCAACAUCUAAUCCGCUAACCGUCGUCGUCGCCGCCGCUCUGAAUGAAGGGAUUUUGGGUAUCACUUCGCACUUUCGCUGUUCGUCAUAUGAAGAUACUCCAACUGUCUGGGUCUCGCGGAGUGCCAGAGAGAGACAUUUCCUGACUGUACAUUCAUUGGACUUCCGCAUCUUUGGUUCCUGUAUCGAUACCUAUUACUUUAGAGCUUUUACAGACCCAUAUACUUUUUUGUUUUGCUGGAAACUUUUAAAUGUGAUUGUGG